GUGAACUUAUCCUCUACUAGAAACUCGGGUAACUAGAUUUCGGUGUUACUAGAUUGGUGUGUAGUAUAGGUCAAGAUGAGUAAGCUCGUUCUCAGUGCCAUCGCGGUGUUUUCCGAGCCCCAUUGCCACCCCAAUCCAAUGCCUCCGCUCGGGAAACCCUCCACCGCGUGGAGGAGGAGUUGCACCAGGAGAAAUUGCGACUUCAUCGAGCUGAGAUUUUCGACACUAUCACAACACUUCGCCAAGUGGCCAGGUUGGCCUCGACAACAACGUUGCGACCCGCGGUCGCAGCCAACAUCUACAACGCCAAAUCCGACCCAAGCGCAUGGGCAAAGAAUGUACGGAAGAUGAAGAAGAAGUUUGAGCAUCUACAACGAAAAACGCAAGCGAAGAACGACAAAUUCUUGCGCACACACGCGCCAGCGCACCUAUGGCCCGUGCUAGGUGUGGGAGCGACGUGCUGUCGGAACGUCAUCGCACUUGAGAAGCUCCUGAAGUGGGCGGGUCACAAGGACACAAACCUGUGCGCGGAAAUCGUCACAGGCUUCCCCGCGGUGGGCAACGCGACCCAAACAAACGUGUGGGAAACGGACCCCAACGUAACUCCAAUCACGGACAAGCAGCUCCAAGAAUUCUUCGACAACGUCUCCAUCGUUAAGCGCGCCGCACCGCGUUUCGAUGACGCAGUGCUGGAGUCCAUGUUCGAGGACGCGGAAAAAAUGGCUGAUGCAGGCAGCUACAUUCGCACCACGCAGCAGCAACUCGUCACUAAUCCAUCCUACGCGUUCCCAAAGGUGGAAGAACUAAAAAUCCGGCAAAUCAUCGAUGCACGGCCUCAAAACGAGUACUCAACAUUGCCGGAGAAAGUCCGGCUACAUGGCACUCGCAUGAUACAGGAAAUGUACGCGGCAUACCUCGCCCCGCUGGGGCUAGAAGCCACGUCAACGCGACUGCCGUCCAGCCACACGGCAAACGAAGCGUGGAGACAAGCUGAGCUGCAUCGCAACUCAGAGCACCCAGCAGCAGACGCAACCCCAGAGCAACUGGCUGAGCAAAUCAGAAGUCUCAACCAGGAGACCCCACCGGCAUCAACAACAGCAACGCUGCCGGAAGCAGUCGUGCGCGACUGGUCAAAGGCCUACUACCUGUUUGGAGUGGCGCGGCCCGAGCAUAACAGCAUCGCUUUCUACGCACCUAGUAGAGGCGACUGGCAGUACUACCACGCCGCAGUGCUCAACAUGGGCAACACAUUGUCGGUGCCAAAUUUCUGCAGAAUCUCGGAAGCAUUCAUGACCAUCUUGGACAAAACCACGAUGCCUGCACUAAUUUACAUCGAUGACGCCUUCCUGCUCGGUCCGAACAGCGAGACCGCAGAACUCAUGCGCCAAACAUACGAUGCAUUGUCGGCAUGCUGCGGCAUGGCGCUGGCCGAAAAAGCCGAUGGAAACCAGAUCAGCACAGCUACCAACGCCGUCAAGGUGCUUGGAGUCUGGUACCUAUACGACCGCACAAACGCGGCCGUCUACGCCUACGUCUCCUACAAGAACCUAGCGAAACUCCUCAAAGCCGGCAACCUCCUGCUGCAGCAGAUCAAGUCCAAGUCCAUCAAGAAGAAGCAAGUUCAAAAAGUGCUCGGAAUGCUGAACUUCGUCAUCUGUCACACCACCAGAAUCGGCGCAGAAUUCCUGAGAGGAAUGCACACGUGGACAACCGAUAGCUUCGAUUUCUUGAAAAGCAACAAGCAAGAACGCGCCUCACUUGCAAGAUUAACCAAAGCGGCGGUUGCACAUGCAACGCAGCUGCCACCGCAACCACUUUCCUGGACCGCGGCAAAUUACGUCUUCCUCUACCUUGACGCGAGCACAGAUGGGCUACAGGGAGAGCCAAUGAUCGGCGGUCUGCUACUAGACGCACACGGCAGCCCGCACACGUUCGCUUCAGCGGCCCCUACGGGGGAUUGGACAAUCGAACAAUACGAAACCAUGGCCGUGUGCCUGGCCCAACAUCACUUUCGCCACCAGCUCCGCGGGGCAACUUGCAUCUGUAGCAUCGACAACACCGGAGAGCUAUACGCGCUAAUCAAAACUAGCGCUAGGAACGCGCACACGGCCCGUUUGGCCACCUGGGCAGCAAAGAGGAACGUGGAUCUGGAUUGCAGAAUGUGGCAUCGCUACGUGCAAACAGCACGUAACCCGGCCGACCCGCUUACGAGGAUGGACCUCAUCCACCACGCCACAGCACUAUGGGGCCGGCAGGCCGAGGACGUCCGCGACGUCCCGCCGGAUAUCUUGAAUCUGUUAACAUCAGCAACGCAUCCGUUGCCCGAGGUAAUCAUCGGUCCGCACGAGAAGUGCGAACGCAUUUGGGGCAAGGACUACCUCAGCACCAUCGAGCAUGGUGGGCUGCGGAACUUCUUCGAGCAAGAGAUCAAAUACUGGCAAGGACUCAGCCUUACCCCAACCGACGACGAAAACGCCGCCGUGCACAAGAAACCUCAGGUCGUCCGCGACCGAAAGCGGCAUAACAAGAUGACAACAAAGAGAAAAGGCACGCGUGAAAAGGGGAAUACGCCUCUGCCAAGGCAUAGCCCAAACCGUCGUGAGAAAAGGCACGGGAGGGCCCUCAUGAAAAAGGGCGUGCGCACUUGA